AUGGAAGUCAAAAUUCUCUGUUUGGUGCUGCUUUGUGUUACUGUUUUAUCUUAUAUUUAUGCACCUAUUCCUGACAACAUUGAAGAAAUUUGGAAAGUAAAGGCCGUGGAUUCUGUUGCCAAAACUUGUGCAUUUAUGGCCACAUUAUUUGAAUACAUUGGACUCAUGAAAUAUGAAGACAUAUUUUUAACUUUAUCAUCACUUCACCUUACAAAACCAGUUUCAGAUGAAAACAUUACAGUGAUUGACACAAAGUUUAGUGACAUUCCUGUUUGUCUGUACUUGCCAAAAAAGAAGUCUGAAAUACUGAGACCAGCUAUAAUUUUCAUUCAUGGUGGUGCCUUUGUCUUGGGAAGUUGCAAGGCAGCAGCCUACGAUGACCUGAACAGAUGGACAGCAAACAAGCUUGAUGCUGUGGUUGUGGGAAUAGACUAUAGACUUGCUCCUCAGUACCCAUUCCCAGCUGCAUUUGAAGACUGUGUUUCUGUGAUCAAGUUCUUUCUCCAAGAAAAGGUUCUUGCAAAAUACAGAGUGGAUCCCACUCGCAUCUGCAUUAUGGGAGACAGUUCUGGGGGUACCUUGACAGCAACGGUGACUCAACUGCUACAGAAUGAUCCAAAAUUCAAAGGUAGAAUUAAGGCACAAGCCUUGAUAUACCCUGGACUACAGUCGCUUGAUACUUCUCUACCAUCUCAUCGAGAGUACGCACAUGGUCCGAUUCUGUCUAGGGAGAUGACAAUUAAGCUGGCAUGCCUAUAUGUAACUGAAGACAAAGCUCUCCCCCAGGCUAUACUGAAAAAUGAGCACAUGCCGGAAGAAUCAAGACAUCUGUUCAAGUUUGUGAACUGGAGUGACUUCCUUCCUGAGAAGUACAAGAAGAACCAUGUUUACACGGAACCAGUUCUCGGGAAACUGAAGGCUUCCUAUCCAGCACUCUUGGAUAGCAGGCUGUCCCCUUUGCUAGCCAGUGACUCCCAGUUACAGAGUUUGCCACUGACCUACAUCCUCACUUGUGAACAUGAUCCCUUAAGAGACGAUGGUCUCAUUUACAUCUCACGCCUUAGAAAUGUUGGAGUUCAAGUUACUCAUGACCACAUAGAGGAAGGAGUCCAUGGGGCCCUGUCAUUCACCAGGGGUCCAGUGUUUUUAGAUUUGGGAUUAAAAUUAAGAGAUAAGUAUAUUACUUGGUUAGAGGAAAAUCUAUAA